AUGAACAAGCUGCUGUGCUGCGCCCUUGUGUUCCUGGACAUCUCCAUCAAAUGGACCACCCAGGAAGCCUUUCCUCCGAAGUACCUUCAUUAUGACCCAGAAACCUCUCGCCAGCUGAUGUGUGACAAGUGUCCCCCUGGAACCUACUUAAAACAGCACUGCACAGCAAGGCGGAAGACCGUGUGCGCGCCCUGUGCUGACAACUACUACACGGACGCCUGGCACACCAGCGACGAGUGUCUGUACUGCAACACCGCGUGCAAGGAGCUGCAGCACGUCAAGCAGGAGUGCAGUCGCACCCACAACCGCGUGUGUGAGUGCGAGGAAGGGCGGUACCUGGAGGUGGAGUUCUGCCUGAAGCACCGGAGCUGCCCGCCCGGGUUCGGCGUGGUACAAGCUGGAACCCCGGAGCGAAACACGGUUUGCGGAAGAUGUCCAGAUGGGUUCUUCUCGAAUGAGACGUCCUCCAAAGCACCCUGUAGGAAACACACCAACUGCAGCGCGUUCGGUCUCCUUCUGACUCAGAGGGGAAAUGCGACGCACGACAGUGUAUGUUCCAGAAGCAGUGAGUCGACGCACAAAUGUGGCAUAGAUGUCACCCUGUGCGAGGAGGCAUUCUUCCGGUUUGCUGUCCCUACCAAGUUUACCCCUAACUGGCUCAGUGUCCUGGUGGACAACCUGCCUGGCACCAAAGUAAACACAGAGAGUGUAGAGAGGAUAAAAAGACGACACAGCUCACAAGAACAGACUUUCCAGCUGCUGAAGUUAUGGAAACAUCAAAACAAAGACCAGGACAUGGUCAAGAAGAUCAUUCAAGACAUCGACCUCUGCGAAAAGAGCGUGCACAGGCACCUGGCGCACACAAACCUCACCUUGGAGCAGCUGCGCAGCCUGAUGGACAGCCUGCCCGGGAAGAAGGUCACCGCGGAAGACAUCGAAACCACGAGGGAGGCCUGCCAAGCCGGCCAGCAGAUCCUGAAGCUGCUCAGCCUGUGGAGACUCCGAAACGGCGACCAGGACACGCUGAAGGGCCUCGUGCACGCCCUGAAGCACUUGAAAACGCACCGCUUCCCCAAGACGGUCGCGCAGAGCCUGAAGAAGACCAUCCGGUUCCUCCACAGCCUCACCAUGUACAGACUGUAUCAGAAGCUGUUUUUAGAAAUGAUAGGGAACCAGGUCCAAUCAGUAAAAAUAAGCUGCUUAUAACUGGGAAGGGCCACUGGGCUGUUUGCUCACUGUGGACCAGAUCUGAUGGAGGAGUGAACUGUUUCUCAGGCACUUGAGGGAGUCCAGGGGGUACAUGAUUUCUUUCUCGUGCUGAGGGCUAGAUUUGGCCCCAGGGCACCAAAAGUCAAAACAAAACAAACAAAAACUAUGGUAUGGAGAAAGAACUAACUUCUCCCCCCAAAGUUCAAUAAACCCCAAAUAGUUUAUCCAACUGACAGAUCUGGUCCAAUAUCUACUGACUGUUUUCCCUUGUUACUGCUUGAAGUAAUUCAACUGGAAAUAAAAAACUAGACCCCAUUGUGCCUUACUAAAGACGGGAAUGUCUAACUUAAAUAAUUUCAGAUUUCAGCUGCCUAGAAGCUUUUAUUAGAAAGCCAU